GCUGGUGAUGAGUAUCUGCGGCGACAUUCCCAGCCUCAGUUAAAGUACCAGGAAGACAGUCAACAACAACAUUUCUCUAUCUACUGAAGAUAUCACCUCAGUGGGGGCGGAGCUCCGCUGAGAGGAACCAGGAAGUAGGAGGCGGAGUGAAGCGUGCGGUUGACGGAAUUCGGGCAGGAUGGUAACGAUGACCGUGAAGCGGGACGGGCUGGGGACACUGAGGGCCUUCCUGGUGUUUGUGGGUGUGUCUGCUCUGUGCAGCACCGCAGCAGGAGCUUUGAGCCUGACUGCCCCCUUGGAUAAGAGAGGCCACAGACAUAGACAUCUGCCAGGUAGGAGUCAUCCGCAUAGACACAGAGAAAGGACAGGGAAGGAGGGACAGGUUCUUCACAGGUCCAAACGAGGAUGGGUGUGGAAUCAGUUCUUCGUCAUAGAAGAGUACACUGGACCUGACCCAGUUCUAGUGGGCAGGCUGCACUCAGACGUAGACUCAGGUGAUGGCAACAUCAAGUACAUCCUAUCUGGUGAAGGCGCUGGGACGAUCUUUGUCAUUGACGAUAAGACAGGCAACAUCCACGCCACCAAGACCCUGGACCGUGAGGAGCAGGCCCAGUAUACUUUAACAGCCCAGGCAGUGGCCAGGGACACCAAUAAACCUCUGGAGCCACCAUCGGAGUUCAUUGUCAAAGUCCAGGACAUCAACGACAAUCCCCCCGAGUUUCUCCAUGGGCCAUACUAUGCCAUGGUGCCUGAGAUGUCUAACGUCGGUACAUCAGUGAUGCAGGUGACAGCAACAGAUGCCGAUGACCCCACCUAUGGCAACAGUGCAAGAUUGGUCUACAGCAUACUGCAGGGACAACCAUACUUUUCUGUGGAACCCCAGACAGGUAUAAUUCGUACAGCCCUACCAAAUAUGGACCGUGAGGCGCGCCAGGAGUAUGAUGUUGUUAUCCAGGCUAAGGACAUGGGGGGUCACAUGGGUGGAUUGUCCGGAACCACUGAGGUCAAAAUAACCCUGACAGAUGUCAAUGACAACCCUCCCAAGUUCCCACAGAGUGUGUACGCCAUGUCUGUAUCAGAGGAUAAAGUCCCCGGAGAGGAAGUGGGCCGUCUCAAGGCGAAAGACCCCGAUGUAGGAGAUAACGGACUGGUGAACUACCGCCUGACAGACGGCGAUGGAGUCGGCAUGUUUGAACUUACCACUGACUCACAGACCAGAGAGGCUGUCAUUAAGCUGAAAAAAAUGGUGGACUUUGAGACUAAGAGGGCAUACACACUGAGAAUAGAGGCAGCCAACCCUCAUGUUGAUGCUCGUUUCAUCGCCUGGGGGCCCUACAAGGAUGAAGCAACUGUAAAGAUCAUGGUUGAGGAUGCAGAUGAGCCUCCUGUGUUUAUAGCUCCGAGUUAUAAUUUUGAGGUAGAGGAGAACGCCCCAGAAGGUACCCUGGUGGGAAGGGUCCAUGCCAAGGACACUGAUGUAGCUAACAACCCUGUCAGGUACAUGAUCCCUCGGUAUACAGAUGUGGAGCAGUUCUUCUCUAUCAACUCAGAAGAUGGCAGGAUCACCACAACCAGGCCACUGGACAGAGAGACACAAGCCUGGCAUAACAUAUCUGUGUCAGCUACAGAGAUAGGAGGCCACCACCAGGACACCAAAGUGCGUGUUAACAUCAAAGUGAAGGAUGUGAACGACAAUGCUCCAGAGUUUGCAACCAACAAUGAAGUUUUCAUUUGUGAAAGCGUCUCACCAGGAAAGGUUAUUGAAACAGUGAGCGCAGUGGACAAAGAUGAGAUGGCCCAUAGGCAACAUUUCAGCUUCAACCUCGCUCCCGAAAUCGCCCACAACAACAACUUCUCACUCAAAGACAACAGAGACAGUACAGCCAGUAUCCAAGUGCUUCGUAAAGGCUUCAGCCGUGUGACACAGGAUGUUUACUACCUGCCCAUUGAAAUAAAUGACAACGGCUACCCAUCCCUGAGCAGCACCAACAUCCUGACCAUCAGAGUCUGCUCCUGUGACAACAAAAAUACCAUCCUGUCCUGUAACGUGGAACCCUACGUCUUACCAGCCGGCCUCAGCACCGGGGCGCUGAUAGCUAUUUUGGCAUGUAUCGUCAUUCUUCUAGCAAUUGUGGUGUUAUUUGUGGCCCUGAGGCGUCAGAAAAAGGAGCCGUUGAUAGUGUUUGAAGAGGAGGACAUCAGGGAGAACAUCAUCACCUACGACGAUGAGGGAGGCGGUGAGGAGGACACAGAAGCCUUCGACAUUGCCACACUACAGAACCCAGAUGGUGCAAAUGGUUUCCUUCCAAGGAAGGACAUCAAACCUGAGCUCCAAUAUCCCAUCAGGCCUGGCCUUGGGCGUCCUGCAGCCAAUAGCGUUGACGUUGAUGACUUCAUUAAGACGCGGAUCGCUGAGGCUGACAGCGACCCCACCGCACCACCCUACGACUCCAUCCAGAUCUACGGUUAUGAAGGCAGAGGAUCAGUGGCCGGAUCCCUGAGUUCCCUUGAGUCUGUGACGACCGAAUCUGACUUGGAUUAUGACUAUCUGCAGAGCUGGGGGCCGAGAUUUAAGAAGCUGGCAGAUUUGUACGGGACCAAAGAUUGCCCCUUAAAUGAAGUUGAUGAUGGUGAAGACUCUUAACAGUGGUCUGAAUGAGUGGCUGCCCCCGAUUCAUGGUUGAAUGAUCUGCUGCGUAUUUGUUAACGGAGGUUAACGAAUACUCGCCAAUUCCCAGUUGAUACCAGCUUGUUAACUAUUGUUAAUAAGCAACCCAUCCCGUUCCGUCUACAUCAGUUUGUCAACAAACGUUGACAAUCCUCCUUCCCAAGGCGCUCGCCCCGGUCCCUCAAGACAAUUUGUAACGAACACAAAAUGAACGCUUGGACUUUCCUCCCUUCUUGAUUUCUUUUUUUUAUUGUUUUAUUUUUCCCGAAUCUCACUUUACCCAAAGCCACUGCUCUGCCUCUAUCUCACUACUUCUCUCUCUCUCCAUAGACUUUAAGCAUUGUAGAGCUGGGAGAUUUGUUAAGUCAUCCGUUUGUCUGUUUGAAAGUAAAUUGCUGGGAGUAAAGAUUUGCUGUCCAGCCAGUUGCUGACAGCAAACUCUGUUGUUUAGUUUAUUAGAUUUUUUUUUAUACUUUCUGUGGACUGGAUUGACUAAUUCCCUUCAUGGUUCCUUGGUGGGGUUUAAUUCCCUCAGCAGGGUCCUCAGUGGGGUAUAAUUCCCUUAAUAGCUUCCUUAGGGGUAUAUGUAAAAGGGAGCACAGAGACAGAAAGAGAGACAAAAAAGGAAGAAAAAAAAAGUAAAACUGGUGUGGGAUCCCGCAAUCGCUUGAUGUUUCUGAGGAGGAGAUGAAAGGUGACAGCAUGCUGGCAGAAGCUUGAACAUCAAACAGACAAAACAAGCAACAUGGUAUUCACUUUUGUCGUUGUGUGUGUAGAUUUCAACAGGUUUUGUGGUUUACAUGGACCGACAGUCGGAUAGACAGACUCUGGGUUGUUGAUACUGUGAAGAUGCUCACAGACAGCUGUAGUCAUGGUGGCCUUAU